AUGGUGACCACGAGAAACACUAGCACGGAUGAGACGAGCGGCAUUGUGCGCGCUUUGGAGAUGAGGAUGGAAGAGAUGCAGAGGAGGCAUGAGGAGAUGCAAAAGAAACACGAAGAAGAGAUGGCGGCCGUGCGGGCCGAGUGCCUAGCUCAGCUCCACGGAGAGAAGGAAAAGCAGACAGGGGAAGACAGCAAGGAGGCCCACAGUAGUGCACAGGGUCAAGGCGACCAAGAGAAAGGGAAGCAGAAGAAUACCGAGGAGGAGGAGAAGGAGAAAGGAGAGGAAAGUUUGGUGUUGAUUAAGUCAGAGAUGUCGUCGGUACCAGUGCCAUUCGUCCAAGCUGUGAUGGACGUCCGUAUUUCGGAUCAAUUCAUUCCCCCGCAAUUCAAGAUGUACGACGGCACCGGUGAUCCCGACGCACAUGUCAAGUCAUUUACCAAUGCCAUGGCCUUCCGGACGGGAAGUGAUGCCAUCUGGUGCCGGGCAUUCUCACUGUCCCUUGAGGGCAAAGCCUUAGAGUGGUUCAACUUCAUACCUAACGGCUCGGUAGAAAACUUCAAAGGACUAAGCGGCAUGUUCAGCGAUCAAUUCGCCACAUGCCGACCACAAGAUACUACUUUGGUCGAUCUGAUGAAUCUGAAGCAAGGAAAAGAGGAGGCACUUAGAACCUUCAUGGACCGAUUCACCAAAGCGGUCCGACGGGUCAGGGGACUGAGCGUGGAGAUGGCCCUGCAGCGUGUGAUGCCGGCCCUUAGGCCGGGACCCUUUAAGGAGAGCGUCUGUCGAAACCCACCUAAGACAUUGGAAGAACUACGCCAGCGGGCGGCGGACGAGGCAAGAGUGGAGGAGAUGAAACAAAAUUAUCGAAGGGAGGUGCAGGAGGCGAAGGAUAAGGGCGAGAGCAAACAGGGCCAAUCGCAACGACCCGCCGGUGCAAAGGGGCGAGACGGCCCUCGGGUCCCUCGCUUCCCUCAAUGCUCCCCGGGCGCGGAUACUGCAGGAAGCUCUAAGCACACAGAUAAUGCGUGCCCCGCAAAAACGUCCAACUCCUCCGGGAGCCGACAACGGUAA